AUGGACGAGGAAUCGAUCGCUCCUCAACGAGAAGCACAGAAUAUUGAAGCUCCAACCGGUGAUCGUGACCAACGGAUGGAUGAUGCCGAAGCUGUUGAAGCCGAAGCCGAAGUAGCUGCGAUGGCGAGGCAGCGUGACGGGAGAGGCCGCGACAUGAUGGCAGAACAGGCCAUCAUGGGAGCUUCCAACGAUGAGGGAGUAGCCGGAGUAGAGGCGAUUGAUGAUAGUGGUGAACUUGUGCACCUGGCUUUUCUUCAGUUUCUCAGUCAAUACAAACAAGCAGUCGAAAACGAUGGCAACCACACCUCAGAAGAUAAUGCUGAUGAGGUCGAGUAUAUUCAUCCCUACAUGGAGCAAGCUGAGCAAAUGGCGAAGCGUGUGAACGACCGCGAUUCCAACAACAAUGACGCAGUUGGUGGUUUUGGGGGAUUUACCAAUACGAUGUUUGUAAACUUCCAGCACAUUAUACAUCAAGAUCCCGAACUUGCAGAUGCUAUUCAGAGCGAGUUUUGCCGAUUUGAACCAUUUCUCAAGCGAGCAGUGCAAUUGUUUGUCUUGGAUCUUUUCCCAAUGCUGAAAGAGCAAUCCUAUUUCGUCGCUAUGUACAAUCUUCCAUCUACGCAUUCCAUUCGACAACUAAGAACGGAGCUGAUUGCAUCCCUCACUUCUGUCACUGGAACAGUCACGAGAACUUCAGAUGUCCGUCCAGAACUCAUAGUGGCAAGUUUCAGGUGCAGUAAGUGUGGAUUGCUGGCAUCCAGCAUCGCGCAGCAGUAUCACUUUACAAGACCAACUAUUUGUCGGAACCCUAGGUGUAAGAAUUCAAGCCCAUUGCAGUUCUCUCUGGAGAUUCGGGAAUCGGAGUUUGUCGACUGGCAAAAGCUUAGGGUACAAGAAAACUCGAAUCAAAUUCCUCCGGGGAGCAUGCCACGAUCGAUGGACAUUAUUCUACGAAACGAAAUGGUCGAAAAAGCAAAAGCAGGAGACAAAUGCGUCUUCGUGGGCAGUCUAGUUGUCCUUCCAGAUGGCUCGGCGUUGGCGAGGGCUGGCGAAGCCGCCACUGCGGGGAGAACGCGACCUAGUGAUGCAGCUUCUGGUGGUGGAGGGGGUGUCCAGGGGUUGAGGACGCUUGGAGUGCGUGAAUUGACGUACCGGACAUGUUUUGUUGCCACUUCCGUCCUACCUGCAGACUCCAUGGAAAAGGCAAAUCACAACGAAAACGUCGUCGCAUCGCUUUUGUUUGGAAACUCAAAUUCAAUCAAUCCGCAUGAAGGGGAUCCAACUACAGACCAGGUAGCAUAUGAAAUGACAACAUCACAGCGUUCUGAAAUUACAGCUAUGCGAAAUAGUCCAAGAUUGUACGAACAAAUGGUGGACUCAAUUACUCCAAACACUUUUGGGCACCGAGAAGUAAAGAAAGGAAUCCUACUCAUGUUACUCGGGGGGGUGCACAAAACAACAGGGGACGGCAUCAAGCUAAGAGGCGACAUUAAUGUUUGUGUCGUUGGAGAUCCAUCAACUGCCAAAUCACAGUUUUUGAAGUAUGUUCAUUCAUUUUUGCCAAAUCGUGCAGUCUAUACCUCUGGAAAAGCAUCGUCAGCAGCCGGUCUAACAGCUGCUGUACAGCGAGACCACGACACGGGUGAAUACUGUAUUGAGGCUGGUGCACUCAUGUUGGCGGACAACGGCAUUUGCUGCAUUGACGAGUUUGACAAAAUGGAUCCAACAGACCAAGUAGCGAUUCAUGAAGCCAUGGAACAGCAAACAAUUAGUAUUACGAAAGCUGGGAUACAAGCGACUCUAAACGCUCGGGCUUCGAUUCUUGCUGCAGCAAAUCCAAUCUAUGGCCGCUACGAUCGGACUAAAACGCUCAAGGCAAAUGUGGCACUUUCAGCUCCGAUUUUGAGCCGUUUCGAUCUUUUCUUCGUCGUUUUAGAUGAUUGCAACCCUGACACGGAUCGACAGGUUGCGCAACAUAUUUUGAAUGUUCAUAGAUGCCAAGCAAGAGCUGUGAAGCCCCCAUUUUCUAAAGACCAAAUGCGCCGAUAUAUCAAGUUUGCCCGAACGCUGAAUCCAAGAAUUACGCCAGAGAGUCAGCGGGUGAUGGUAGAGUGCUACCGCAAGCUGCGACAAGGAGACAGCCUUGGGAGGUCUCGUUCUGCGUAUCGCAUCACAGUGCGACAGCUAGAGUCGAUGAUACGACUAUCGGAGGCGUUGGCAAGAGUAUAUUGUGCUGACGAAAUUCAGCCUUCGUAUGUGCGCGAAGCCUAUCGUUUGCUCAAAACGAGUAUUAUCCAAGUGGAAACGUCUGAUGUGGAAGUAGAAGAUGCCGACGAUUACGAUGUCCCUCCUGAUGAUGUGAUCAACGAGGAAUCAGAUACCUUUGAAGAGUCCCAUGACUUGUACGAAACACAGGAGAGAGCAUUGAUCAAACCCGGGGAGUACGAACAGGAUGCAAUCGUGGAAGAGCAGGAGAAGCAGGCAAAUCAGGAUAAAGUGCCAAAGCAUGUUGGGAAUUCCCACGAUGAAAAGAAAGAGAGAAAGAAGAAAACAAAAAUCUCGUUCGAGGAAUAUGAAUCGAUUACCAACGCAAUUGCUAGUUAUUUACGUUCCCUUGAAAGUGAUGGAGAAACAGAAGCAAGCUAUCUCCAGUGGGAUCAAGCCCGUGAAUGGUAUUUGUCUCAAUGUGAAGAAAUCAUAGGGGACUCCGUCGACAAACUAGAGGAGAUGCGAAGGAAGGUCGACCUAGUAAUUCGGCGGCUGAUUGAUGUUGAUAGAAUUUUGGUUACUGUGGGAGAGGUACCGAAAGGAAAGAAAGAGCGCGGGAAGACUCUUUUGGUUGUGCAUCCUAACUAUGAAGUUUCCUAA